GAUCACUCUACGCCCACAUUCACCCACCGCUCACGUUAGUCAACACCAGGGCUCAACUCUCCACCACCGACUCAAAUCCCCAAAACACCCCCCGAUUCUAGUGGAACAAAGGCCAUCCGCGAAGGUUACUCACGUCAUUUCGUCUCUACUCCGACCACUAUAUAAUCCAUAGACGAUUCUUCGCUCCGAACCUUACUCUAGUUACUGAAAUCGCCACCCGCAAGAACAGAGACACAACACUGUCAAUUUCCUUCCACCGCCACCGCCGCCGGAAUUCGAUAUCCUCCGGUGACGUGCUGGUUCUCAUCGUUGACUUUUUAUCCCCCCCCCCCCCCCCUUCCUAUUCUGAUAGCCAUGGUGGUUUGGUGGCUUCGUGAGUGUUGACCAGCUCUUUCUCUCUUUCUGUUUGGUUUCUUCUCCAUUUUCUGUUUGUGCUAUUUUUCUCUGUUUCCCCCCUUUCUCUUUGGGGCUAGUCAGAGUCGCCGUACUGGGGGGUUACCGGCGGUGGGAAGCGAUGGGGUUCUGCAUCUGUCCACUGGAGACACCGGCGAGGCUACUCUGGAGUACCAGCUUCUUCCGCCACAAGCUCAGGCUCUUCUAAUCCUUAACCCCUUCCUUCUCACACGCCAGAUUUCCUUUCCACCCUUCCAUAAAUAUAUUAUUAUUAUACCGAAAUUCCCCCGUCGCCGGUAGGUUUUUCCUGAGAGAAAAGCCGAUCGUAUAUGCUACUGGUUACUACUGAUUACUAGAAGAGAAAUUCGACGAAGCAGCAAAAAGUUGGAGAAGAAGCAUGGAUCACCAAUCGGGCCAUCUCUUCUUCGAUCCUUCCGCUUGCCAUGGGAACAUGCUGUUCCUCGGAAGCGGCGGCGACUCUGUUUUCCGAGGUCAAAGAACCAUGUUGAGCAUGGAGGACAACUCAAAGAGGAGACCGUUCUUCAGCUCGCCGGGGGACUUCUAUGACGAGGAAUACUACGACGAGCAGUCGCCGGAGAAGAAGCGCCGCCUCUCAGCAGAGCAGAAGGUGCAUCUACUAGAGAAGAGCUUUGAGACAGAGAACAAGCUGGAGCCGGAGAGGAAGACAGAGCUGGCCAAGAAGCUAGGGCUGCAGCCCAGGCAGGUGGCCGUGUGGUUCCAGAACCGACGAGCCCGUUGGAAGACAAAGCAGCUGGAGAGGGACUACGACGUCCUCAAGGCUUCCUACGAUUCCCUUCGGUCCAACUACGACUCUGUCGUCAAGGAGAACGAGAAGCUCAAAUCUGAGGUAAAAACUAAAAAGCCACCACAAAUCUGGACUUUCCUAAAUUUCUGCUCGCUUUUCUUUAGUGAGGAAAGUGCAUCAUCAAUCUUUGUUUUUCACAACUGGCAUCCAAUCCUACGCUAAGAUGGACUAAUCUAUCAGAGCAAAGCAGUUAGCUUUUCUCUAUUUCCUUUUGGUUAAAAAGAAACGGUGGUGGUAGCAGUAUAAUUCUCCACUCUCCACUAAAGAGUUAGUCGUAGGAAAAGCUUAAAGAGAAGAUUAUGAGAGUCAUGGGUUCCUGCCAGCUGAUCUUGCUCUUUCCCAGAUGAUGUGAUUGAUUGCUUUAGGGAACUGUAUUUGUUUUUUGCUCCCAUCCAUAUUCCUUUUUUUAUGAUGGACAUGUAUGUAGCUUUGGGGGGUGGAUUUGGACCUGUGGGGAUUCUAUAUAGAGUAGUGGGUCUCUCCUAUAUAUCCCUAUCAGAUUCCACACUUCUAUAUCACUAUUGAAAAAACUAUACACACAUGUGGCAUCUGCUUCUGCAAAACCCCACAACUACUUCUCCACCACCACCUUUUUGGUUUUAAAAAAUGGUUCAAGAAAAGGCUACCUCUUUUGCUUCUAAUUUCUUCCCUAGUAAGAAAAGAAGGCACUAAAAGUAGGAAUAUACCUUGGCCAUGGUGAGAGCCUAGCCUACCCAGAUUAUGCUUUCCCUAGUAAAGAUAUUGGCUUGUCACGUUGCAGGUGGUUUCUUUGACCGAGAAAGUGGACACCAAAGAGACGACGACUGAAGUGGUGCCAAUCUCGGGGGAGAACCUCGUGCCUCCAGCGGAAGCAGCCAGCCAAUCGGUCAAUGUGAAGGCGGUGGAGGAUCGGCUGAGCACAGGGAGCGUUGGGAGCGCUGUGGUCGAUGACGACAGUCCCCAGCUUGUGGACAGUGGAGAUUCCUAUUUCCCUACCGAGUCUGACUACCCUGCCACGGCUGCCAUUGUUCCAGGGGAAGCCAUGCAGUCGGAGGAGGAUGAUGGGAGCGACAGCGGACAAGGUUACUACACCCACGUUUUCGCCGAGCAGCACGAGGAGGAAGGAGAGGCUCUGGGAUGGUGGGUGUGGUCCUAAACAGAUGCAACCCUACCCAUCUUGGUUGAGAAGUGUUGUGCCUUGCCUAUGACGCAUAUGUAUUACAGUGUAUUUGUGCCUAUAAUAUCUGGCGUAGUUUGUGUUGUAACGUUAUGGAGAUGAGGAGAGAGACACAAUAUGGGAUAUGUUUCUGAGUCUGGAAAUAGCUGAUCUCCUCAAGAAAGACUUCUAGGGGGUACUAAAGGACGAUGAAUAAAACGGUUUAAACAGUUGUAUUUAGUCAUCUGGAUUAUUAUGCUACUACUUCUGUGCAGCAACUUUGGUAUUAAUGCUUAAGCUAUAUAGUAAAUACUUAUGUUUAUGAGGACGAUAACCCUAGUGUAGAACUGCAAGGCUUCUCAAUCUUCGACUAGGUCGUUCAGAAUUCAUGCCUACUAG